AUGCUUGAUCAAGCUAAAAUGGAAUUUUCAACCACUUCUGAUGCUACUGUUGAACAAUCAAAAACCAACGCAACUAUCACUGGAGGAAGUAAUCAGCUGAAAGAUCAACAUAUCAAUGAAACAAUAAGAAAACAUACUAAUCAAAUAGUUGAUAAAUACAAUAUUGAAGAUAUUACUAGCAAAUGUAACGCAUCAAAAAAUAAUACUGUCACUUAUUGUCGAUGUUGGAAAUCAAAAAAAGUAGAUAGAGAUACCAAUCGUAAAAGAAAGGAAUGGUUGACAGAUGACAUUCUAAAAGUUAUUGAUGAAAAAUCAAAAGCUUUUAUUCAAUGGCAAAAUAAUCGUGGCACAAGAUUGGAAUCUAAAUAUCAUAAAAACUAUAAACGCCUAAGUAAAACAGUCAAAUCAAUAACUGAACGUAGACAAAUAGAAUAUUGGGACGAAGUAUGUGAGGAUAUAGAAAAAUCCAUCAGAAAUAACGAUCCCGUAACGGCUUUUUCCAUUAUAAGACGUCUCAAAGGUGGUGGUAAAAGAGACAACAAUACACCAGUACAAGAUAAAAGUGGUAAAGUACUGGUAAAUCCAAAAGAUACAUUGGACCGGUGGCGUGAAUUCUUUCACGAAACACUCAAUGUAACUACAUCAACUGGUCAACAUCUAAUUGAUCAAAUUCAAAUACCGACUCUAUCAGCAAUUGAAGAAUAUAGACAAAAUAUGUCCAUCUCCAUUGACGAGGUGAGAAAGGCAUUAAAACAGAUGAAAUUAAGAAAAGCCCCUGGUAGUGACGAAAUCACUGCCGAUAUUUUACAAGCUGGUGGUGAACCAGUGAUACAAUGGCUUUUCAAAUUCUUCACCGAGAUAUGGGAAAACGAGCAAAUGGUGAAAGAAUGGAGCAUGACUACUCUAAUCAAAUUAUACAAAAAUAAAGGUGAUAGGAAAAUAUGCGAUAACUAUCGAGGUAUCGCUUUAUUAAAUAUAACUAGUAAAAUAUUUUCACGUGUUAUACUAAAUCGAAUUCAAGAUCUAAUCAAUUGUCAACUGUUGGAGAUACAAUCUGGUUUUAGACAGAAUCGAUCAACUAUGGAUCAAAUCUUCACUCUAAAAAUGACAAUGGAGAAAAGACGAGAAUUUAACAAGCCACUAUUUAUGUGUUUCAUAGAUAUAACCAAGGCUUAUGAUUCGGUUAACCGUGAACUUUUAUGGAAAACUCAAUAG